AACUCUUGGGUGAGCCACAAGAAAGAGUUAAAGACCUUGAUACAUUGACAAAACUUGCAAAAGAACUCAACUUUAAUUUAUUACAAGGGCAUGUUUUUGUGCUUGUUAUAUGCAUAUAAAUGAAGCUUCUAUAGCACAAAAAUAUAUACAGGGGUUGUUAGCUUAAGAUGACUAAGAAGUUCGAGUCCUUGAUGGAGAAAGUGCUAGGUUUCAGCCUUCUAUCUCUUGGUGGUUGCUUUGAUAGUUGCUGUGACCACACUCAAGCCUAUGGAUUAGGGACUAGGAUCUGGAACCUCAGUGAUAGGCCAGUGGAGCUGCAGAUAAGAGUGGGGUCAAUACUGAAGAAGGUUCACACUUUGAAGCCAGGGUCUUCUAAGAGAGUGAAAAGUAAACGCAUAUACAAGGCCUAUAUGCCUUGUAAGAGUGGCAGUGAUAGUGGGGGAUUGAAGAGCUUGCUGUAUUAUUAUGAUGAAACUUGCCACCCUUAUAUUUGGAUUCAUGAUAUAGGGUGUGAUUCCUUAAGGAUGGUUAAGCAGCAGUAUAUUAGCCUUGAGGAUUUGAGGGAUUCUUCUGAGAUCAGGAUCUUAAGGGAUCAGCAGAGAGGUUGCAUAUCUGUUCGUAAGAGGACUAGGUCAGAUUUCUGCUGAAUAUGAAUUUAACUCUAGCUUAUUUCAUAAGUUAAGUUUUUUUCAUGGAUGGGAAACAUUUUUACUUCUUGCUUUUUAAGUUCCUUUAUUGGGUCUUAUUAAUUGCAGAAUGCAAUGGUCGAUGAUUAUGUUUAAUUACUGCACCUUUGAAGUGUUGGUUUUUGGCACAUUUUAAGUUGUUUUUGUUAUGACACAUGGUCAAUUGGGAUGAAUAUUAUUGACAAACAAAUC